CAGGACUCGCUAUAAGGAGACGGUCCUACCCACCGCACCACCCGGCCGCCGAGAAGACGAGCCCUGGAAUGUUCUUCUUAUUUAACAAGAAUUUAACGGCUGCAGGUUGAGAAAGUUUCAUCUCUGCUCGUUUACAGUUAGUUGUUGACGUGAUGACGUAGAGUCAGUGUUGGAAUGACUGACUGACUUGCAGCGGCAGCCCGACGACCAGGGACGUCAUUCAGUUAGAAGAGCACAGUCGUCGAAGCUUGGGUAGAAGUAAAAGCAAGCAAGUCGAAGGAAACCGCUAGCAUGUGAGUAAGCAGCGAGGACGGAGCAGGAGGAAAGCUUAGAGAGAGCAGAAGUGCUACAUGGAUGAAGAUGAUCUUUAGGAUCCUGCUGCUCAUCAGCUUCAUCUCAUGCGUCUCUGGAUCAUUAGUAGUGAAUGUGACCCAGACCCACUAUCAGGCAGAGCAGAACCACAGCAUCACACUGGAGUGGACCUUCACACCCAAACCUGACACGUCCAUCACCUCAGUUUACAUCAUCUGUCAGCUGGUGACUGAUCUCAGAGCCUCAGUCCUGUUUCAUCACCAUGAAGGUGUUGAGGUCUCAGAGUCUCAGGAUCAACAGUUUUCAGGACGAGUCCACUUUGACAGAGACGAGCUCAGAGAAGGACGCCUCAGACUCCAAGUGUCCAGACUCAGGACUGAUGACUCAGGACGCUAUGACUGUACCAUCAGAACACCAGAUGGUUGGAACAUGGACGUAUGUCGACUCAACGUCACUGCAGCUGUUGAUCAGCACAGAGCUCAGAUGACAGUGAGUCCAGAACCAGAGAACGUUAGGAGAACAGGACUUUAUGCUGCACUGAUGCUGACAGCAGCCCUGCUGUUUGUCUGUGUUCUACUGUUGCCUUUUUUCCGUUUUGUCCUAAAAAAGUAAACCUCAGGUAACGUCUGCUGUGUGGGUUUAAACUAAAGAAGACAGUGACUUCACAAAGCAGACAUUUUCUCUGUCUCUGAAUUCUUUUUACUUGAUGAUCCUGAUGAAGCGGCUUCUAGUUACAUUUGAAACAUUGUUGGUGAACAGAAUAUUUUAAACUGUGCUUCAACAUCAGCAUUUACACCCAUAGAAAACCUGUGUCCUCAGGCUUAAGGCUGAGACGUGUCAUACUUUUACUCCAUGACAGGUUGAAACUCUUCUGUUGAGCCAGAGUUCAAAGACAAACCUGGGUUUGGAUCCACCCUCAGUUCCUGCCACUCAAACCUUCCCUGCUGUGUUUCCAUGUUGUCUAGUGUCAGUUUGAGUUAGUGGAGGUGUCUCUGCUUCUGUGUGUGUAACAUGUGCAGUAAUUUAGCACUUAAUCACUUAUUUAUACAUAUUGUAAAUAAAAUAUUAUUUAUACUGUG